AUGCACCCACACCAACAUCAACAAUACAGCAGUGAUGGCGCGAUGAGCUAUGACGCCGAUACCGCCGAAGGAGACUCGGAAGGGAUGAAACUGUACCAGUAUGACAACAACCAACAGCAGGGUCAAGGGCGGCAUGGGUUGCAUCACAUUGACAGCGAUCCAGACAUUUAUGGCAAGAAUUCUGGCGCCAUGGCAGCAGAGUUCACUCUUUCGUCCACUCCACCCUCGCAGCAACAUAAUAAUGGGAUCGACAACAAGAAGCGGAUGUUGAUGGCAGCAGCAGCAGCAGCGACUAUGAUUGAUAUGAAUGAGUAUCCAGAGGACCGGAAUGAUGAUGGACACCAGCAACAGUACCCCACCAAAAACAGCAACAGGUCGUCCCCUACUCUUCCUUCGUCUGGUGUUAGAAGAGUGGUUGGGCACGGACAAAGUCAUGGCGCACAAGGAGCAGCAUAUCAUCUACAACAAGGCCAGUCUCUUCAUCGUCCAGAUCACGCCCAACAGCCACUGCAACAUGAAGGACCUCAAAAGUCUCCUCCAGCUCAGCAACGGCGUCCUAAACAACAACACCAACAACAGCAGCAGCAGCAGCAGCAGCAACCACAACAUCCUCCUAACCAUUAUGGGUAUGACCUCCAGCAGCAACAGCAGCAAAGGAACCAGCGGUCACCGCCGCUUCUUCAGCAUGAGCACCAUUCCCUAUAUCAACAGCAGCCUCAACAGGAGCCUAAUCGAUCCGCCAACAGUAGUAGUAACAAAGGACAGCAUCAUCCUCGACCUCCGAAACUCAUCCAUGUUGCGCCACCUCAACAAAAGGAAGAACAACAGCAGCCGACGAUGACAUCUUCGCCAUCUCCACCACCAAGGAAGGCGAGCCUCAAGAACGCGAAAGCACUUGCUGGAGCAGGAGUUGGAGCAGAAAAUGAGUAUGGAGGUGUCUCCGCACAGGAGCAAGCACUUUUGGACGACCAGGCGCAUUACCGGGCGAUGAUGAUGGCAAGUGCCGACAGUGCCGUUUCACUCACGGGUGAAGGCGACAAGGAUACAGAGUAUGGCGACAACAGCGGUAACGUUGGUAAUAAUGAGGUUUGGAUGGCGUCGCCUAGUUCUCAUUCGCUUGAUUCUCGAUCCAACAGUUUAUCGAACACACAAGCUGCUGCGAACCAGUCUGGGGGAUCGGAUACUUGCGUUGUUGGAGCACCUCACCAAGGUGGUACAGGAGCAGCAACAGGAGUAGGAGGAGGAGGAGGAGAGUCGCCACUUGCGCAGCCCAACUUACCUCUUUACCCGCAAAAGGCAACAACAGCAGCAGCAGGACGAGAAGGAGUAUCCAAGAGUCGGUCUGGUUCAUUGUCAUCAGCACAUGCGCAUGUUGUCAGAGGACCUGGAUGGCAGAUUCGGAUGCCGGGUGGUGGAAAUGGCGAAGGAAGUGUGACUGUCGACAUGGGAACCUCGACGCUUCAACCGCCUGUACCUUCGUCACCAGGUAAGACGGGCUGGGAACGCGAGGAUGCGACACCCACCACGCCUGUGCCUGCGUAUCAUUUUCCUGCACCCAAGAAUGGUGGCACAGACAAUGGGAAGGAUUCGGGGACUGGUGCAGGAGCAGGAGUAGGAGGUCAUCAGCACUCACAUUCCCUGUUCGAUUUCUUUCGUGGUCGUAAAUCCUCGAUCCACAAGAACAGUGCCCUCCAUCAACAGGCCGCUGCCGCCGCUGCUGUCGCCUAUACCGCUUCUCAUGGAUCUGGGUCUGGGUCUGGAUCAGAGUCCCUUGCGGGGGCUGAUGCUCAUCCACCAGCGUUGCCGUUGAUGGGUACUCCUCCGUCAAUCGCCAGGAGCCGUCUCGGAUCUGUGGCGGCGCUUGGACCUCCAGCGCCCCCGCCUCUCAGGAAGCAGUCGUUGGAUGUUUCAGUACUGAGCGGGUACCAUCAUCAUGCUCCGAGCGCUGCUGGAGGAGGUGGUGGUGGAGGGCCAUUUAGGCUUGAUCGUCAUGCGGCGACGAUGCCCACCUUGCCAUCAUCGACGUCUUCGCCUGUCUUUGGAGUGUCGAGAGUUGGGGCUUUGACACCCACACAAGCCAUGGAAGCGAUCACAUUCUCGACUAUCCCUUUGACACCCACCAUCACCGCCAGCACGAAUGUGGGUGCAACGACAUCCUCCAACUCGACACAAUCGACAUUGUCAAAAGUGGCGGCUGCAGUCGUUGGAGUGACGGUCGGAAAGCGUCGUCCUUCGAUUGUGGGUGAGGUGGAUGCCAGUGCCGGUGGCAACGGGCUUGGGUUAUUGAAGUACCGCGAGAAGCCGCCUCCUGUGCGUCUUGUCGUCAAGCAACAGCAGCAGCAGGUUCAGUACCAGCAUCAGCACAGUGGAGCUGAAAGUGACGGGUUUGGUGGCGGUGGUGGUGGGACGGCGUUGGAUGCGGAGCAGUUGCAGAAUCAUGCCCAGUUCAUGCGAAGCGAGAAAUCGAUGGCAGAGUUGAUGGAGUAUGUGGACAGGAUGUACCACACGGUGAUGAACAAGGACGUGGCGUUGGAGUACUCCAGGACGCAGAUCUCGGUGCUGCGGAAGGAGUUGGACCAGAACCGUGUCCGUAGCGAGGAUGAUCGCAAGUCGUUGACAGCGGAGGUGGACAUGGUGAAGGAGCAAGUGGUCAUAAUGGAAGAGAACUUUUUGUUGUGGAGGACGAAAGUCCAUAACGACCAGAUGGCUCAUCAGGAAGAGUUUCUUCAAGAGAGCCUUGUCAAACAAGAUCGCAUGGAGGAGCUGGAAGAUAAGCUGUACGCCUCACAGGAAGAAGUGACCCGUCUCCGGAAUAGACUCCUAGUCCUCGAAUACGAAGACGGGUACGUCGGUCCCACCGCCUUCCUCCCCUCCCCCACUACUACCACCUCUUUCACAUCAGAUUGCAACCACCACCUUAGCGACCCCUACAACCACUCCACAACAAUCGCAAUCGAGUAUGGCCCAAUAACAGUCAACUCUCACAAGCGUCGGUCGGGGGACUUCCGGAUCAUGGAGCAGCGUGCUCAGUCGUUUGAAGGGCAGGUACAGGAGUUGAAGAAGGCCAUGGAGAAGUUGAAGCAGGAUCAAGGGAAGGAUUUGGCAGAGUUGAGGAUGAAGUUUGGGGCAAAGUGUUCGAAACUUGAGCAUGACGUUCAUGCCGCCAAGAUGGAGUCGACGAUGUACAAUGAGAUGAUGCACGAAGUGGUGACCGAGAAUGACGAUCUCCGAAAACAGCUCAAAGAUGCACAGCGACAACUGCGCCGCCAAGGCCUCUCCACCUCCACCUCCACCGGCAGCAGCAGUGGCAGUAGUACCAACACCAACAACAACUACGGCAGUAAUAGUAACAGUAGUAACGCUGUGAAGAGCAAAAGCAGCAGUAGACCACGACGAAACCCGGACCAUUAUGGAUUCCCUGAUGAUGGGUGCUAUAGUCUUGAUGGUAGCGAUGAUGAUGACAUGGAAGAUAUUGUCAUAUAG